AACUACAGAGUUCAAUAUAAAAAAAUUCAUUUAGAAAACCUUCGUGUACGUCUCGAAAAAAGACAGAGAAAGUAAAAGAAGGAAAUUUCUCAAGUAUAAGGAGAGACAAGAAAUACAUUUUUCCUCUUACUCUCGUCUGAUCUCUCCUCUGUUCUCUGUUCUCGGUUCUAUUCUCUGUCUCUCGCAUUUCACUACCAACUGUAGCUUCCAAAUUUUCUUCAUCUCUCUAUUCACCUUUUCUGUCUCCGUCAAUCUCUGCGAAAUUUCGCAAAUGGGAGUUAAAAGGGUCACCUAAUCCAUUAUCCACCCAUCUAAAUUCCCCAUAUAUAUAUAUAUAUAUAGAUAUAUAUAUUGCUCAAUAUGUGCACAUUAAUCUCUAAAUUUAGUGUUUAAACCUUUCAAGCUUCAAACUUUGGAGGCUUUUGGUUCUCUGUAUUUGCUUUGAAUUGAGUUUUCUUGGUUCCGGGUCUCCGAAAUGGCGAGUGUAGAGAUGACCCACGUCGAUUUAGAAUGUGGUGAUCGCCGCCACUCCUCCGCCGUGAGCGACGGAGGUAGCAGCGAAGACGGCAGCGUCUAUUUUUACGACGCUGACGAGGGUGUCCGUUAUACUCAAUUCUAUUCAACCCGUGAUGGGUCAUUCGAUCAUUACAGUUUUGCUUCUGCUCCCGAUCCUGUGAUUAAUGGCGUUUCAGGCUCUCGCCGCGGAAUGUCCACGGCGGCGGCGGAGUCGGAUUGUGUGGUGGAUAUUGAAGAUGAGGUUGGUGAAACCAAGGUGCAAUCGAGGAAAGUAGAGAGAGAUUGUAGAAUUUGCCACCUGACUUUGGAGAGUAGCAAUUCUGAGUCUGGGGUUGCCAUUGAAUUAGGUUGUUCUUGCAAGGAUGAUUUGGCUGCUGCGCAUAGGCAUUGUGCUGAGGCAUGGUUCAAGAUUAAAGGAAAUAAGACGUGCGAAAUUUGUAACUCAGUUGCACGCAAUGUUUUUGCCACAAAUGAGAUUGAGUCAUCACAGCAUAGGAAUGAAACCAAUGUCACCGCAACAAAUGCAGUAUCAGAGCCAGUGAAUUCAGCCCCAGCUCCAGUGCCUUUUGCUGUAGACACCCGAAGUCGCUUGAAUGGUCACCGGAUCCUGAAUUUCAUUCUUGCUUGCUUGGUAUUUGCGUUUGUCAUAUCUUGGCUCUUUCACUUCAACAUCCCAUCAUGAAAUCCCGCAGAAAAGUUCUCAGGCAAAGGAGGAAUGGGGGAGGAGACUUGUGAAAGGGACUGCAAGUUCUCAAUGAUGUGAUAAUGAACAAUGGGAUAUUUCUAAGCCUGCGGCAUUUAUAUAGAUAGUUGUUUGGUCUUUCAUUCCUCCAUAAGUGUUUAUAAUUAGAUAGUAUAUGUUUGCAUGUUUCUUGUGAGUCAUUGGAGUGAUACAGGGCUUUCUUGUUCCUUUCAAUAGAAAUGCUCUUGUUGGUUAUACCAUUAAAGGUUCAGUUUUUUAAUUUUAUGAUGUAUUGUAUUGAAGACACUGGCUUCUCAUAAUUGCAGUUGUUCCACUGGUAUUUUUGCAUGCUA